AUGCCUCGUCGCGCUUCGCAUUUCCUCCACCUCGUCCAUAUCUUCCUCUCCCUCUCCCUCAAGUCUACAAAAGCAGUUGCUUCGUUUCAACCUCUGCUCGACUCACCUCCUUGGACCAACAGGAUGUCGUCGUCAAAGCGCAUGGAUAUUCAGUCCAUGUUAAAUCCGACCAACGGCAACGAAGCAAACGACAACAAUGAUGCCCAGCGCAAUAGUCAAAUUGGCGCCGCGCCUGAGUCUUCCGAGUCCCAGCGUACGUUGAGCGCUUUGCCCGACCAUCAACAGCAAGGACAAACCACGGCUCCACUCCCCGGCCAAAUCAAGAGCAAGGGCAAGCGCCAGGCCAGCAACUCUUCCCUCGCCGACUCAUCUUCGCCCGGCCUCCGCCGCAAGCGGACCAAGCCGAACCUGAAGAUCUCACCCAGCGCCGCCAACAGUCCGUUCCCUCCAUCAAAAUUCUCCAUCGCAGGCCGCACGCCAGACAAGCCCAGUGGCCAUGCCCCCGCACCCGAAAACACGUCGUUCGGACUCGGCAUCGAGGGCCUUUCCACUAGUGGGGAGGGCAGCUUCAGUACCUCCUCCGCUGGUCCCACGCGCAGUGCAUCUCCGACGAAAGGAUAUGGCCCCAUGACCUCAUUGGCCUCUUCUUUUGGGCAGCUGUUUCAAGAUGUUAAAAAGGAUGGGGAGAAGCAAGAAGAUGGGAAGACAUCUGGAGGAGCUUCAACCGCAAGCGGGGGCGACACCAAGAUGAGCGGUACGGAGGAAGAUCCAUACGAUGCUAUCAUGGCCUCGCUCGAAACCGCCGAAGAAGACGAACUGCCCGAGGAAGUCGACAUCGGCUCUCCCACGCCACCGUCAUCUCCAGUCAUCCCCGCGCAAAGCCAGCUUCCCGCGCAGCACAAGCUUCCGAACCCCAAGGGAAAGAACAAGCAGCCAAAAAUGGUCUUCAGCAUAGGCGAGGCCAUCAUGAGCCAGAACGACGUCCUCCUGAACGUGUGCAACUUCAUGGGCCUCCGCGACUUCUUCAACUUCUACUGCGUCUCGAAGCGCUUUUACGUGCUCGUCAACUCGCACUACACGACGUACAUGAAGCAGCUCGCGCGCAACCACGCCCCGCUGGCCAGCACCAUCUUCCCCUACCAGCUCUACAAGCGCGCCUGCAUCCGCGACCCCAUGUACCGCACCCGGCCGGCCCACGCCUCGGACGACCCGAGCACCUACAUCAACCCGGUCCUCAACCGCUCCACCCAGACCCUCUCCGCAACCACCCAACCCAUCACGCCGGCCAACACCAACGCGGCGCCGGAGGUCAUCCGCACGGUGCCGGGCUUGCGCUGGGUGCUGAUGUGCGUGUACCGCGAAGCCAUCGCGCACGACAUCCUGCUGUGCCUGGCGCUCGAGGGCCACCGGUUCCCGGGCCACAUCAUGGGCACGGUGCUGCGCAUCUGGGGGCUGAUGGACCACCCGUUCAACGGCACGCGGCUGGCCGUCAUCCACGACAUCCGGCAGUGGUCCAACCGCGACAUCUUCGUCGGCCUCAUGUUCUUCAUCAAGCUCGACAUGCGCUUCUCGGACCCGCUGCUCGGCUCGGGCGAGUGCGUCCUGCGCCGCCUCUUCAUGGGCCAGCGCAGCCUCGUCGUCCUGUGGGAGGCCCUGCGCGGCCUCACCGCCCGCACCCGCGCCGAGGUCCUGCACCUGCUCGUCCGCUGGGACUGCACCAUGGCCCGCGACAUCUCGGACAAGCUGGCCCGCGGCGAGGGCGCUGAUGAUUCGGUCUUUGGCGUGCCGGUGCAUCAGAUUGGCAUGCUGUGCCGAGAGGGCUGGAGGCAGGGCGCUCCGUUGCUGCUGCGUCCCGAUCAGCUCGUCCUGAGGGAAUCGGCGAGGCGUGGGUUGAACAUGCAGCGGUGCUUCUUGGACUUCAUGCUGUGGGGCUACAUUGACUGGACCUGGCUGGUCAACAUCCCGCGGCCGGAUCUGAAGGAGUUGGAGGAAGAGGAUAGGAAGAGGCGUGCCGGUGAGCCCAUAGUUGAAUCGGGCGGUCAGGAUGGCAAGAGAGAGUUCAGCAGUGGAAGCUUCAGGGCGCCGAAAGUUUCCUCUAACAACGACUAG